AUGUUCUUGUUAAUCACGUAUUUAGUUGCUAUUGGAUCGGCAGCUGUAUCCGCGCAAACAGCAUGCACAGCUGAAAAUGCACGUGGCACUUGCAUCGCCACAGCGUCCUGCUCGGGUAAAUCGGUUCCUGGCCAUUGUCCUGGUGCAGCACAUAUUCAAUGUUGUAUUCCACGCGGCAGUGGAUGUUCGGCCAGCGGACGAAGUGGAGUUUGUAUCGCAACAUCAGCUUGUGCCGGAACAUCAGUCCCUGGUCAUUGUCCCGGCGCAGCCAAUAUUCAAUGUUGCGUUGCUAACGGUGGAUCAUCAGGCUCUGCUAAUGGUCUCUGUGGUAGUUAUGUUGGUGCUGCUGUUAGCUCUAUCAACGGCAACGGCGGUGUAGCGUAUUCAGUAGUCAAAAUUCGACCAGAACAUCUUAGCAAUCCCAGCAUUCACUCUGCUUCACCCACAGCUCAAGACAAUACCAUGACAACAUCAACAGCUUGCGCUUUCGAUAAAAUGGCUUCAGCUGCUAAACAGGCCGGUGUAUCUAUCACCAUUGCAAGUGGCUUUCGUACUGUUGCUCGUCAAGAAUACUUUUGGAAUUGUUAUCAAACCAAACAAUGUAAUAACGGUAAUCUCGCUGCUCGUCCAGGAACUUCAAACCACGGCCGAGGUAUCGCCCUUGACGUGAACACGAACUGUGGUUCACAAUCUGGUGCCACACCAAACUGUGGAGGAAGUAAAGUCUACCAAUGGUUGAAGAAUAAUGGCCAUAAAUACGGAUUCAAACGUACAGUACAAUCAGAACCAUGGCACUGGGAAUAUGUUGGUGCUGGUGCCACUCCUGCCAGUUUUUCGUGA